AUGCCUUCCUUCAAAGCUGCUGUUGUUUCCCUGCUGGCUGCUACUGCUGCCGCUCUUCCCUCAGUGCCCAAGUUCUCUGAACGACAACUGGAGUACCAUGCUGUUGCCAAGAGGCAGAAUGCUGCUGCCCAGGCUCUGGGCCUCGGAGACUUUGAUAUUCUCCAAUUUGCCCUGACUCUGGAGAAUCUCGAAGAGUCCUUCUACCGUGAGGGCUUCGCCAAGUUUCCCGCCUCCGACUUCAAGGCUCUGGGUCUGAGCGAUGACCAGAUCACGGAUCUCCAGAACAUUGGCUUCACAGAAGGCGAGCACGUCAUCCUUCUCCAGUCCUCGCUGGCACAGAACGGCGUCAAGCCCGUCCAGCGUUGCACUUACGACUUUGGCUUCACGACUGCUGCGGCCAUGGUCCAAACUGCCGCCAUUCUCGAGAACGUUGGCAUCUCAGCCUACCUCGGCGCCGCUCCCCUGCUGGCCUCUCCCGCCAUCCUCGGCGUUGCCGGCUCGAUCCUCACCAUCGAGGCUCGCCACCAGAGCUCCAUCCGUGUCUUCAGCGGCGAGAAGGCCGUGCCCCAGGCCUUUGACGCCCCCCUCGGCCCCAAGGCCGUCUUCUCCCUCGCUGCGCCCUUCAUCAAGUCCUGCCCCAGCGACUCCAACAUCAAGCUCACCGCUUUCCCCACCCUCAAGCUGGCCAACCCCAGCGAUCCCACCACCGUCAACUCCGUCGUGAAGCUGCAGUCUGACGCUGCCGCCGGCGCCAAGUUCUGCGCCUUUACCUCUGGCGGCGUCGUCCCUGGCGGCACCAAGUUCACCCCCUUCUCCGCCACCGACGGCUGCACGAUUCCCGAGGGUGUUGCCGGCAUUACGUAUCUGUCUCUCUCCAGCGCCGGGCCCCUGACGGGUGCUCUCACCGAUGACAUUACCCUCGCCGGCCCCAUUGCCAUUACUGUUUCAUAG